AUGUCUUACUAUUAUAAUCGUAUGUGCCUAAUUUUAUUUAUACAUCAGUGUUUAACGUUCUACUCUGAAGCCUUUCAACAAAAUAAAUCUUGGCAUCAUAUUCGAAGAGCCAAUAUAGACGAUAAUGUUUUUAAAAAUCAAAAAAUAGUGACGUACCGUUCCUUUCAACCUGUAUCGGUUAAUUAUCGUAAAUCCAUGAGAUACCCGAGGGUAGAAGUACGCACAGAUUACGAUACUAAUUCUUAUGAUACCGAUUACGGCGGCGUUGUCUCAAACUUCACGUCUUCCAUUUACGAUGAUAACCCACCUCUUUAUCCGAAUCCUGAGAUAUUAACCAGAAACAAUCAAGCACAAGUAACAAAAUUUAUAGAGAACAAAUUGACCGAACCCGAUAUUGAAGUACCCGAUGAUACAAUUUCCGAUUCUGAUCUGAAGGAGCACAAUAUAAUAGAUAGUGUUACUUACCUCUAUGGAUUUAAUACGUGCCAUGGCGUUAGAAACGAAUGGAUGAUAUUAAUAUUUAUAACUAGUGGCCUUGCAAUAGCGAUACCUUUAUCAGCUAUAAUGUGGUUGAUGUGGAGUCAUUAUGCUGCUGAAUUCCGUCGCAGCAGCAAGCUGUAUCCAUUGGUCAUUAACCUAUGCUGCUGCUUAGUAGCUUGUACAUUAAUAUAUAUACAAGCUAUUGUUGGCGCGUCUUCUCCGUCUCAAUGUGAGAGGAUCGCGUUAGUUCUUCAUUACACUCAUAUUUCGUGCGCGGUGUGGAUCGUAGUAUUGGCUGUAGCAGUAUCUGAGUACUGUAUGUGCGAUACUCUACUGCCGUUAAAAUAUAACUAUCUGUUAGCGUACGGCGUUCCUGCUAUCAUUGUUAUGUUUAAUUACGCGUUAUCUAUGGAGCAGUACGAAAUAAAGCAUUACUGUUGGAUGUCGAUUGAAAAGGGCAUGGUUAUGGGUUUUAUGGUACCCGCGAUGAUACUUAUAUUAAUAAAUACCGGUAUUAUAAUCGUUGGUCUCCAAAGUGUGAAUAGAAAACAGAAUGAAAUGCUGACCGCGAAAAUACAAGAGCUUGUCGACCAUCAUAUCGCAAACUGGCCGAAAAACGCCAGGGUUGAAGAGAACGGGGCGGGAAGUAUUGAAAAUAUAGAUAAUAUGUUCACACCAGGCAGUAGUAGGAAAAAUACGGAUAGCUCUGACACGUUGGAUAAAGAAUUCAAUUACACUGACGAAGAAUGUCAUUAUGUUAACAUAUGUAUGUCGAAUAAUGAUGUCAACAGCGACGGCUCAAAGGAGGUGAAUGAACAAAUGAAAGGGUAUACUGACAAAGGACUUCUCAAUAUGCUUUACAUGGAUAACAUGUCUUGGAAGUGGACUUGGAACACUGAAGGAAACGCGCUGAAGACAUAUCUCAAUCUCUGUUUGGUUCUGGAACCGUUUUUCGCUAUCAAUUGGGUUAUGGGAGUGGUGGCUAUCGAGAAUGCAACACAUUGGUCUACACCAACUAUUUAUCUCAUUCUCAUUGUUUCAAUGCAUAUUUACCUGGCGGCUACCAUUUGCACGACUUUGCCGAUCGUUCGCAGCAACACCGCCCCAUGUGAGGAAGUCGUAGCCGAAACAACAUUAACACGGACUAAGACCACAGAUAGCAUACCGUUACUGGAUCCAGCCAUACAACAACCGAAUGUUACACCGGCGCCCGCAGAUACUAUCAGUACGAUCAGUAUUUAA